AUGGAAGCACAGCAAUUCUAUCAGGAGGAGGUAUUUUCUUUUUCUAUGCCUGCUAGAACUGACAAGCCAUUUGAAACUUCAGAGGCUAUAAAGGAGAAAAUAAAAGUGAAAAUCCAAAGCCAUUUUCUGGAAAGAACUUCACGUCCUUCAUUUAUGUCUCAUUUGACAUACAGUGAAACAUCCUCGGAACUUACCACAGUUAUUGGCCAGCUGUAUGCUGACGGAGAGCCUGAGGAAAACCAGCUGGAUGGAGAAUUAUUGUAUUCCUCAGAUUACAAAGCAACAGAUGAUCCAGCCCAGCCCCCUUCCCAGUUUCUUCCUAGACCAAACUUAGAUGAGAAACUGGACAGAGCUCCUGAAACCACUCACUUAAAACAUCGGUUAAAUGCCAGCACGAGUGCAGAUUUAAGAUCUUCAUCAUACAGGAUUCACUCUACAUUUCAGAUUGGUGAGAUGACAAACACUGAAGUUUCUUUGGCAGAAGAUCAAGAAGAGGAGGAUAAUGAAGAUAUUUUCACAGAGCUACCAGCGAGCGGGAUGGUUUUGGAGAGUCUGCACAAAACGUACAUGCCCCAAACAAAACAAAGUAGAUAUGACCACAUCAGUAAUAUAGGUGUCUUCCCAGUCAUUGAUGGCAGCGAUCCCAAAGAGAAGAAACAGGAAGACCACAAGAUCAAUCUGUGGGUAAGACAACAUGAUUUCAUGUUAUAAAAUAGAGGUGGUGGUGCGAAACAGGUUAAAUUACUACUUUUGACUCUUAUGUCUCAUCUGGGGAGAUGAUCUGUAACAGGAGAAAACCAUCAAAGCCUGUGCUGAUAUUCACACUAGAGCAGAGGGGAUUAAAAAGUCAUUUGCUUGUGAACCAGUUGCAGGCAUGGUAACAUUCUUCAGCUUUCAGUACUUGCUCAGUUCAAGUAUGGACCCAGUUGAAAAUUGCCAACCAGUAAUAUAGGGUAAUCAUAGCAUAAGAAAUAACAAACCUCUAAGGGCAAUAUCCAGCACUCUCAUUCCACAAGCACAAGACUUGCACUAGUGGAAUGGAACUUUCCUCUCCCCUCCCCUUCCCUUCAGCCCCCUCAGCCCCUCAAAAUCAGCUCUGGGGGCUGUGGGACCCUCCAGAGAAGAUUUGGGGGUAUGUGGGGAUAGGAAACGGAAGUGCUGCUGU